AGAAAACGUCCUCCCUCGUAGCAGCCGGAACACCGGAGGCGGUGGGGGAUUGAUUGCCCUACUACUCGUUCAGAACAGGACAGAUAGCAGCUCUUUAGAAGGAAACUAUCCAAGCUUCUUUUACAAAUUCUCAGCGGAAAUCAUGGGUGGUAACAUUUCCAAAGAUUCCUUAGAGAAGAUCCUCCAGCAACUUGAAUGCCAUUUUACUUGGAUGUUGCUCAAGGAAGAUGUUGAUCCUGACGAAUUUGAAGAAAGAAUUCUUGAGCAGAUUGAGUUUCUACAGUCCAGAUCCAAAGUCCGAAAUUAUAACCUGCUGGCCUACGUUAAAUACUUGAAUGGCAAGAAGGAAGAAGCCCUGGAGAAUUUACAAAAAGCCGAAGAGGCUGUUAAAAUAGAGUACCCAGGAGAAAUUGAAAAGCAAAGUCUUGUGACCUGGAGCAACCGCGCUUGGGUGUGCUACCACAUGGACAAACUUACAGAAUCAGAGACCUACACAAAGAUGGUGGAAAGUGUCUGUAAGCAACACGGAAGCGCCUCUCCUUAUAAGAUGAAACUGCCACAGAUCUACUGUGAGAAGGGUUGGGCCCUCCUCAAAUUUGGGGGAAAUUAUUAUGAGAAAGCCAAGGAGAGCUUUGAAAAGGCCCUGGAAGAAGAACCCGAAAACCCAGAAUUUAAUGCUGGCUAUGCAAUCACAGUGUACCGCAUGGAGGAUUAUUAUGAAAAAAAAUCAGCAGCAGAAGGGUCAUCGCUGGAACCCUUGAAGCGUGCGGUAAGACUGAAUCCUGACGACGCAUUUGUUGUGCCUCUCCUUGCAUUAAAGCUGCAGGAAACUAAUAAAGUUAAACAAGGCGAAAAAUACAUCGAAGAAGCCCUUGCAAAACACCCAGACAUUCCUUAUGUGCUGCGGUAUGCUGCAAAAUUUUACAGGAAAAAAAAUGAUACGCAAAGAUCCCUCUUGUAUUUGAAGAAGGCAUUAGAGUUGACGCCAAACUCCGGCUUCCUGCACCACCAGAUUGGGCUUUGCUAUAGAGCACAGUACCUUGAAAAGAAAAAGGGGAAACGCCAUGCCUUUCAAGAGAUGGAACUAAUCUAUACCUGCAUUUUCCAUUUCAAGAAGGUGGUAGAGCGCAAAACCAAAUUUGUCUACGCUUAUCUCGACCUUGCAAACAUGUAUGCAGAAGGGGGGCAGCUGCAGGCAGCAGAAGAUAUCUUUCGCAAGCUAUUUGCAAUGAGCAAAUUGACCUGUGCCGAAAAGCAGCAGAUCCAUUUCCAUUAUGGUUGCUUUCAGGAAUUUCACAAAAAAUCAGAAUCGGAGGCACUUGAGCACUAUCUCAAAGGGCUGAAAAUUGAAAAUGAAUCAUUUGAGAGAAAUAAGUGCAAACGUAGCUUGGGGAAAUUAAUAGACAAGAGAAUCAAGAAAGGUCUGGUAGAUGCUAAGACUUCAGCCAGCUUUGGAUUCCUUUGCCAAGUCAAAGGAGCAAAGAAUCUAGCAAUUCAAUCCUAUGAAAUAGCCCUGAAAAAGGAUCCUGGAAAUGAAGAAUACCUCAGCGCUAUUUUGAACUUGAAACUAGGGGUGUGAUCUGCUUCACUUAGAAUUGGAGAAGCAACAGCGAAUUGGGGUGAUCCUCCUCUGCCUGAGGCGGAGGAGAAGCAAAUCGGGGGGGCUGGAGAAGCAUGGCGAAGAGAGGCGACCUUUUCGCGGAGCGAUCCGCCCGCCAUUUUGGAUUUUUUCGCCCAUAGGAUUGCAUUGCAGAAAAGAUUAGUGGAUAUCUUUUUUGUUUUUCAAGCUAUGUAUUUGAAACUUGGUGUGCUUACAGAGUCGUGGGUGGGGGUCAUUUUGAGCCUAUUUUCAGCACUCUGCGUGGUGCGGUUUGCUUGCUAUAAUUUUUUAAAAAAAUAGGGUAAAAAAAGCGGGAGAGUUACCUUUUUGAAGUGCUGAGAGGCAGAUUCAACUCCCAGUCAUGAUCACCUGAUGAAGCAUCCUCCAAUCCCAAAGUUGGUGGGGGGGAUAGGCAAAAUGGGAUACUUAGUAACUUGGGAUACUGGGAAACUUCUCUUUCUUAGUCUCUGAACGGACUUUUCCCAGUGUUUUUUUAAACAGUAGCCCCACCAAAUGCACAAACACAACCUGAAAUCAUAUACUAAGCAAAUAAAUAACAGAUAGGAAACACAGCACUGCUACCCACCCUAACCUUGGUGAACAACUGAAUAGAUGUGGUGCAAGGGGAUGAGGUCCCCUAGGGCAUGUGGACAUGCCCAGUGCACACACUGGCCUGCCCUUGGACGGUCAUCAGAGCCCUCCAAAGAUUAACCAGUUGUGACUGGAGAAGCUAUGCCUGUCAUGAGUUGAAGUGUCAGGUACUAGCUUCUUAAACACUGAUACUUACUUAGGGCCAGUCAGAUUGGCAUAUCCCCCUCCCCCUGGGCACGUCCACUUUCCUCUUACUGGUAAAAGACAGACAUAGCCUUUUUAAAAAAAAUUCUUCUUGUUGUUUAUUCAGCAACACUGCUGCUUUUAAUUCCACCCCUCCUUUGUUUAUUCAUUUAUUACAUUUUAUAUUUAUACACCCCAUAGCCCAAGCUCUCCUGGCUUUUCCUCUUCAGUGUAGUCAGGCAGGCUUUCAUUGUGGUUCAACUCCUUAUUGUUCUUGUUGUUGUUAUUAUUAUUGCUAUUAAUAUUAAUUAGUACUGCCAUUAUUAACGUUA